UUAAGAGACUCAGUCCUGGAUUCUGUUACUCCGUAACACCCGUGUCAUUUCACUAUGGCGAAGGGGCUGUAAACAAAUGCGGUGGGGAAAAAGCGCGUCCUAAGUGUGAAAAAUAGAUGAUUUCGCGUUUAAUUGAGUAUAUUAACAUAGUACGGAUGGAGAAAUGAGUGAAAGCGCUUUAGUGAUGCAGACAGGACGCGGACCCUCAGAUUUCAGUAACAUGGACAGAAACCUCUUUCAAAUACACCAUUUAUCCUGUUAGUCCGGAGCUGUUUUAGAUUCAAAUCAUGCUGACAGGGUCCAAAACCACCUUUAAAGUGAGACAGAUGGUUCCGGACAUGAAGGAGAGGAUGAUGAGCCACAGUAGCCUUCAUGCACGCGGGAGAGAUGUGCUUGGCCUCUGCUGUUUGCCAGGAGAGUGUGUGCUACAGCGAGCCGUGCUGGUGAGGAAGAAGCUGUCGGCUAAAGAAGGAGGAGGCUGGUUGUCUGGGACUCUGUUCUGCACUCAUUUCAGAGUGGCCUUCGUGCCUCAGGACAGCCAGAAACCUGACGACAAUGCAGAUCCUGUGCUGCUCGGAGAUCAUGAUGUAGCUCUAGCCUCUAUUGACAAAGUGGUGGCAGUGGGACCGUCUCGGACCAAACUAGUGACCCCUACCUGCUCCCUAAAAUUCACCCCAGAGGAACUGGUGUUGUACUGCCGAGACCUGCGUGUCCUCUGCUUCCUGUUCGACAGACUCACGCCCGAUACUCAAGCUGUGGAGAUCACGUAUACCAUUGGUAAAACCUACCAACCACUGAAACCUGGAACCAUCCUCUCCUUCCAAAAUGCUGCUUUGGGUAGUAUUGAAAUGAAGCAGUUCCUGAGCAACAGGCAGCGUGACCCUAACAUGAACUGGUUCGAGUGUUCGCUGGGAUGGGAGCAGGAGCUGGAGAGGACGGGUACCAGCGGCUGGAGGGUCAGCUCUGUCAAUGACCGCUUUGAGAUGUCCACCAGUCUGCCCAGAUUCAGUGUGGUUCCUCAGAGGGUCCUGGACACAGAGCUCAAGAAAACAUUUGCCCACUUUAACGAGGGUCGCAUCCCACGCUGGUGCUGGCGACAUCCACAUGGCAGCGACUUACUACGAAUGGCCAGCUUCCAAAAUAACAUCUACCAUGAGAAGGACGACAUCAGGAACCUGGAGUUGGUGCUCUUCGGCGGACAGCAGCUGUGUGUGAUUGUGGAUCUGGGAGAGGAAAUGCCGUCACCUGCAGACAUCCAGCUGGCUCACACCAGACUCCGGACUCUUUGUCUGGGCGAUAUUUCAUCAUCUGUAUCGGUACCUGAUGACAAGUGGCUCUCCACUCUUGAAAGCACUCGCUGGCUCGACUAUACCAGGUGCUGUCUGAGAAAAGCCGCAGAGGUGGCUUGUUUGCUCAGGGGAGGUCACAUGACUGUUGUUCUCCAAGAGCCAGAGGAUCGAGACAUGAACUGUGUGGUCUGCAGUCUGGUGCAGGUGAUGUGUGACCCUCACUGCAGGACCGUGGCUGGAUUUCAGGGCCUGAUUCAGAAAGAGUGGCUCACGGCCGGACACAAAUUCCUCAGCCGGAUCAACUCCCACAGAGAAAGUGAUAAAGAGGAGGCCCCUGUGUUCCUGCUGUUUCUCGACUGUGUGUGGCAGCUGUGGGCGCAGUAUCCCGCACGCUUCCAGCUUACUGAAGACUACCUGCUGGCUCUGCAUGACAGCGUGCACCUUCCACUCUUCAGCAGCUUCCUGGCCAACAGUCAGAGGGAGAGAUGUCGCCGUUCACAGCACCUUCCCCAGAGCUACACCCCAGUGAACGGUCUGAGGGAAUUGCCCUUGGGCACCCCAGAGGAGUCGGUAGACCCACCUUUCCCUCCGGUGUGGGACUGGGCCCUGCAGUACAGCAGUCUGAGACGUGCCCGCUUCACCCAACCCGUGUCACAGCCCGCCUGUCCUCCACCUGUCCUCAACGGAAACCUCAACACCAACCUGGACCGCAGCUGGCAUAAUGACGGACUGCCAGGCUCUGUGUUCCUGUUGUCCCGGAGCACAUUCUCCCAUCCCUCCAACCUGCUCCCCUGGAGGAGCGGAAACUCUGGCUCUUACUGGAAGAGCCACCGCAGGGCUCCUUCCUCUGAGAGUCUGUCUGGACUCGAACGUCUCAUCAGAGCCUGUUUGCUCUCUGAACCCUCAGAGAACCCCUCAACCCCCCACGACCCAUACGAGCCCCUGCUGCCCCUGCUCUUGGGACCCUGUGUCAGAGUAUGGAGGGGCUGCUAUUUACGGGGCGCACUACACGCUCAGGCUUUCUCACACCCCAUGUCUUCCUGCAGUCAGCAUCCAUUAGAUCAGCUGGCCUGGGAAGUGCAGCAGCUCCGAGAGAAAGUGGCUCAUGCUUCUCACAGACGCCCCGAAAACCAGACUAAACGACAGGAGCCACGCCGACUGGAGUCCAACCUCAACCAGAACGCCAACAAUGGGACCUUCCUCUUUUCCUCUUCCUCUAGAACAUCUCAACAACAGCCGUCCAGCCGAGGUGCGGCCCACUCCUCCGUCAUUCCCAGAGCCCAGCGGACGGCAUCCGAUCCACCCAGGCCUGUGCAGAGGAAUAACGGCAAGCACACGUUUCUGUUCGGCCACCAAGAGCCUCCACAAUCAGGGCAGUGCUACAUUCCCUCGCCUAGUGCCAAACUUCCUAAACGCCCCGGAAACUCACACUGAUCUGUAGGAAGGAAAGAAACGGCCCCCUCUGGUGUUUGUGUUACUGAAACAAUACAAUACGGUACAAAGCAGAAACUCCACUAGAAACUUGAAAUCUAUGUGCUUUUGAAAAAGCAGAGAUUGACCUGGCCUUUUUUGUAUAAGCAGCUAUGUAAAGAGUAGCAAAAACAACAGGCUAGCAAAAAAGCAUCAACAAUUUACGAUGUAAAAUUCUUCCUCUGUUGUGUUUUUAUAAGAUAAUUUAACUACAAUGGUCUAGUUCACUAAAAAUAAAGAAUCUUGUGUUAUUUAUUCAUCCUCAUGUUGUUCCAAAUGUAUAAUACUUCUUCUGAAGUCAUGAUUUUGUGUGAAAUUAGAAGAUUUUAAUCUGAAAAUCUAGACAUCUGUCCUAGAUCUUCUUUUAAAAGUAGAAUUAAUCAAUCUUUUAAGAUGAAUCUUUUCAAUGAAUCAGUUGAUUUGGUUCACAGAAUCAAUCUAAAUGAUUCAUUUUGAAACUUCACAACUAUAAUUUGCACUGUAGCCUAUUUGUUUGAGAAAAAAAAGUGAUCUAUUUUCUCACCUUGUCUUCCAUUGAAGAAAGAAAAUGACUUUGGCAUGACAUGAGGGGGACUAAAUGACAACAGAAAUUAUUUUUCCUUUAAAUAAAAAUGAAAAACUGUAGUGAAGCAGAGUGCUAGUAAACGUCUGCAUAGGAAAUGUUAUGUGUCUUGAGGUUCAUGCCAAAACUGAUAACUUCUGUGUUGGUCAAGAAACAGUUUUAGCUUUAAGUAGUUUGUGCAUGUAACAGUAGUUCAUGAUAAUGUAGGCUAGUAAAAUAGCGAUUUGUGUUUCCUCAACCAAAAAGGCGGGAAAAUGGCUGCUAUCAGCUAAUAAUAUAACUAAGAAGGUUUUGCAGUUCCCUGAAAGGCCACAGGAUGGACACAAAAUAAUCUUCUGCCUCCAUGUUGAA